AUGCUCGUAGGUGCUCGUGUCCGCCUCUGCGAGCUUAAGGCGACCGUCCCUGAAAGCGGACGAGUAUCGGGGGAGAUCCGCGCAGUGGCGGCUCGUCAGACGCAGCGGUGGCAGCUCCUUCAGUCCAGGCGGGUUAGGCCCGGGCCUGAACUGUCUGCAUCUGAUGAACCAUCGUUGAGGCCACGGGACGGGACAUGCUGCAUGUUCUUAUCUGGUGUGGGACAAAAGCUUCCAAAAGUUAGCUGUGGGUGGAGUGUCCUCAGGCCUUGUUACAACAGUGCUGAUUUUAUCCCAAGAGGUUUCAGAUUCAUCAAAAUAUCCAGUCAACUUCCUACAUCAGCCAGAAUGCUGUCUUCAAGCUCCUUUCAGACAUUGAAGCUUUCUUCUCCAACCAGUCAUGUCUGCCAUGUGGAAAUCAAUCGACCUGAGAAGCGAAAUGCCAUGAAUCAUGAGUUCUGGAUGGAGCUGAAGUCCUGUUUUGAAAGUCUCGCACAAUCUCCUGAGUGUAGAAGCAUAAUCCUCAGUGGAGCUGGGAAAUGCUUCAGUUCAGGAAUUGACCUGAAAUCAUUUGCUGAGAAGGGUGCAUCUAUGAUGGCUGUGGAAGAUGUUGGUAGGAGGGCAAAGAUGAUGCGAGAUUUCAUCAUUUCAUAUCAGGAAUCAUUUUCUUCACUUGAAAAAUGUCCAAAGCCUGUGAUUGCAGCCAUUCAUGGGGCAUGCAUUGGGGGAGGAGUUGACUUGAUAUGUACAGCUGACAUACGGUAUUGCACUCAAGAUGCACAAUUCCAAAUCAAGGAAGUUGACAUUGGUGUAGCAGCAGAUGUUGGUACCCUACAACGAAUGCCCAAGAUCAUUGGAAGUGAGAGUCUGAUGAGGGAAUUGGCUUACACUGCCAGGUUUAUGGGAGCAGAUGAAGCUCGUCAAUGUGGACUUGUUAGCCGCAUCUUCCCAGAUAAGGACAGCAUGAUGAAGGCAGUGCUUGCCCUGGCUGAACUCAUCUCCACAAAGAGUCCAGUUGCAAUCCAGGGCACCAAAGCCAAUCUCAACUACUCUCGGGACCAUGGGGUAUCAGAGGCCUUAGAUUAUAUGGCAACAUGGAACAUGGCAAUGCUACAGACUGAAGACUUGAUGAAGUCAGCCAUAGCUCAAAUGGAGAAAAGCAAAACUCCUCCAAUAUAUUCCAAUCUGUGAAGUCCAUGAAGUCAACAAAAAGGUGGCUCUGCAAUGAUGAUUGGGUUCCCUGGUGUUCAAGGUCUAUGGAGGAAACCUACCCUGCCAGCUAUCCUCUGCAGCAGUUCUUGUAAUUGAUUUACCUGUAUGAUAAUGUCUCUGGGUUAUUGAUGCUCAUGGAUUUCUGGGAAAUAUGCAUCAUGUAUUUGAAUGAAUAUCAGGUGUCAUUAUAUCAAGACUGUACCAGAG